AUGACGUCCCUUGGGUUGCCCUUGGACAAGCUCGGUUGCUCCUGUAACCCAUCACAUAGCGAGCCUGAGCAUCACGAUGCUUGGCGAGAUUUACUCGAUCAGUGGAGGGACAAGCUUCAGGCAAGACUGGAGGAGGACUUGAUGAUGAUUCAAGAUAUACAACAAACCAUUCCUGAGAGCUCUGUUGUCAGUCACAAGCGCUGCCCGUCCACAGAGUUUUCAGCCAGACGCAGCCUGGAUCCGGAUGCAGUGCCGAUCCCUCCUCGGGUCCAUUCUCAGGCCGUACUGCUUGGUUUUACGUCCUUGACAGGAGAUAACUUAGACAGCGAGUCUCGAAGUCCGAUGAACAAGAGCGCAUCGGAGACGAAAGGGCAUGUUAAGCUUCAACUGCCAACAGAUCAUGCAGAAUCAGGUCGAGAUCAUCGGUUGUAUCAGAUUCAGAGUAUUCGCUCUGCACCUGCAAGUUUCGUUUACUUCAGCGGCGCAGAGCGGAAUCGCCUCGUAAUGCAACGAAGUGAGUAUUUGGAGUCAAACAUGGGGCCCUCGGAUGUGCAGCAUCAUGAGUUUCAACCGCUUGUCACUUGGACCAGAGGAGAGGACCCUGGCUUCAGAAUCAGCGGUGCAGAUGCAAAACUUCCGAGCUCUGACUUCGCAGAAGAUCUUAUGGUCGUUCAGGAAUACAACGGCUGCUUUCGGCACUUCAUGAUCUUUCCGAGCAGCCCCUUGAAGCUGGCCUGGGAUUGUGCAGGCGCUGGGCUGAUCGUGCAUGACCUCUUCACAAUCUCCAUGCAAGUCUUCGAACCUGGAGAUACAGAUAUUUCCAACUUUAUGCAGUGGUUGAUUUUGACGUAUUGGAGCAUCAACAUGUUGAUCUCCUGCCUCGUCGGCUACAUAGACAAAGGGAUAUUCGUAAUGGUUCCGCACAAAGUUAUUUUCCAUUACAUCAAAACUUGGUUUCUUAUCGACCUGAUCGUAGUUGGCUCAGACUGGAUAUUCUCACUCUCUGCAUCUUCGGAUGGAUCAUCUGAGUCCUCAGCCGGAAGCUCGGUCAAACUUCUACGAAGCCUCCGCCUCUUCCGGAUGGUGCGACUCGUGCGAAUCCUACGCCUGAGAAAAACUAUGGAAAGCAUCAGCGAUUUGGUGGAUUCCGAGUACAUCAGCAUAGUUGUCAGCAUCCUCAAGAUGCUAGCCCUGCUCUUGAUUGUCAACCACGUUAUAGCCUGUGUGUGGUUUUGGAUUGGCGACCUUCAUGGUGGCGGUGGAUGGAUCGAAGCACACCAGCUCAAUGAUGCAGCCUGGGACUAUCAGUAUGCCACGAGCUUGCACUGGGCAAUCACCCAAUUCACGCCGGCUUCAAUGCACGUGCAGCCUCACACCUUGUCAGAGCGCAUGUUUGCUAUUGGCACUGUGGUGUUUGCCCUCGUUGGUUUCUCCUACGUUGUGGGCAGCAUCUCGGGUUCGUUGGCGCAGCUACGAGGCAUGACAGAGAAUCGAGCACGACAAUUUUGGGAGUUACGGCGGCACCUGCGGAAGAACCAUGUUUCCAUCACGUUGUCAGCGCGCAUCCAGAAGUAUGCGGAGCAUGUUCUCGAAAGCCAGGAGGACAAUGUGCCUGCCAAAGAUGUGAAACUCUUGUCCGUCCUGUCGGAGCAGCUCCGGAGCGAACUCGAAUGCGAGAUUUGCAUGCCGCACUUUUCGGUCCAUCCACUCUUCGCGAGACUUUGUGUUGUCUCUCGUGUUACAAUACACCGACUGGCGAACAAUGCGAUUUACAACAAGCUCUUGGCACGAACUGAUACCCUUUUCAUUCCUGGGGAAACUGCAACCCACAUGUACAUCGUCGUGGCUGGGAGGCUUGUGUACAGCCGCUUCGAUUCCAAGAACGACGAGCACAAGGAGCUUGUGGACAAAGGUGAGGACUGGAUCUCGGAGCCGGUGUUGUGGACUUCGACGUGGGUUCAUUUGGGUUUGCUGACAGCUCUGACGGAGUGCGCUCUCAUGGUCCUGGACCCGGUCCAAUUCGGUCGGAUUGUAAAUUUGAACCCAGACGCAAACAUGCUCGCGACUACGUACGUGAAAAACUUCAUAGCGUGGAUCAACUCUGUUGAGAGGGACAGUCUUUCUGACAUUUGGCAGGGUGAGAAUGUGUCCCCACGUGUGGCGAGCUUCAUGGAGCUGGAUGAGAACCAGUUUAGAAAUGCGAAGAGUUUGGCGGCAAAGCUCAUGAAUUGGCAGGUUUGA